GAAAAAUGUCGUCGGCCCGGAAUAUCGGCUGCUAUAUAUUUCUCUAACGAAGAUUCACGGCGGCAGUCUGUCUUUAGUUGUUGUUAUUUAUUAUUUAAGUAAAAACCGACAAUAAGCAACAAUGAGUGAUCGUGAAGUAGUUAUUGUUUCUGCAGUUAGAACACCAAUAGGCUCAUUCUGCGGAACGUUAUCAACACUAAAAGCCUCAGAUUUAGGAAGUAUUGUAAUAAAAGAGAGUCUGAAAAGAGCAAAUUUAGAACCAACCGAUGUUUCCGAGGUCAUUUUCGGUCAGGCAUUGACAGCAACUCAAGGACAAAAUCCAGCACGACAAUCGGCAAUAAAUGCAGGACUUCCAAUUUCUGUGCCUGCUUAUCUGGUGAACAUGCUCUGUGGCUCUGGCCUCAAAUCUGUCACCAAUGCCUAUAUUUCCAUCAAGUCAGGAGAGAAUGACGUAAUUGUCGCUGGUGGACAGGAAAGCAUGAGUCAAGCACCACAUGCAAUUCAUUUGAGAAAUGGAACAAAAAUGGGAGAUGGAAAUCUAGUCGAUACGAUGCUCGUUGAUGGUCUGACUGAUGCGUUCAAUCAAAUCCAUAUGGGAAUUACCGCGGAAAAUAUAGCUAAAAAUUUCACAAUUAAUCGAGAGGAUCAAGACGAGUAUGCGGCAAAAUCUCAACAAAAGGCUGAGGCCGCGAUAGCAGCUGGAUAUUUCGAUAAAGAAAUUGUCCCAGUAACGAUUCAGUCUAGAAAGGAAACUAUUGUUAUGACAAAAGACGAAUUCCCAAAAGCAGGAACCACUGCUCAAGGACUCGGCAGGCUAAGGCCAGCAUUUCUCAAAUCAAACGGCACUGUAACGGCAGGAAACGCUUCUGGAAUAAACGACGGAGCGGCAGCUGUUGUUUUAAUGUCUGCAGAAGUCGCAACUAAAAAGGGAAUAACUCCAAUGGCACGAAUUGUCGCUGUUGCUCAAGCAGGAGUCGAACCAGAUAUUAUGGGUACUGGACCAAUACCCGCUGUUGAAUUAGUGUUAAGGAAAGCCAAUUGGACGAAAGAUGAAGUUGAUCUUUAUGAAUUGAACGAAGCGUUUGCGGUUCAAUCGCUCGUUUGUCUUCGAGCUUUGGGACUGGAUCCCAAUAAAGUAAAUGUAAAUGGUGGAGCAAUUGCCUUAGGUCAUCCAAUCGGAGCAUCGGGUGCAAGAAUUCUAGUAACCCUUCUACACUUACUAGAACGAAAGCAAUUAAAAAAAGGAGUGGCAUCCUUGUGUAUAGGAGGAGGAAUGGGAAUCGCUAUUGCCAUAGAAAGAAUAUAAUACAAAUGAAAACUAAUAAAUUUUCAAAUUAAACAACGAUUUAGAAGAAAAAGGUUGAGGAACGAUCAUUCAUUGAAAAAAAAAAUUGUUUUCGAUCUGAAACUGAGCAUAGAACGAUUUUUAAUCUCAAAGAGAAAAAUUAUACAUUCACUCAUUAAAUAUAAAAUGACUAACAAUGAAUUCAAAGAGAGCAAAAUACAUUUUUUUUUUUCAAUGAACACUGAUCCAAUGACGUAUUUAACGAGAUUGAUAUUUAUGACAAAAAAUUGUUUUCUCUUCUAAAAACUCUAGUUUAUUAUAAUAUAUGUAUAAAUACAAACUUCGAAGACUUCUAUGUAAUCGAAAAGUUUUUAACAAAUCUUACACGAAUUUGUGAGAAUAAAGACAUUUAUUUUUUAUACCGAAAAAAGCUAACAUUUUUAUGAAACAAUAAAUAUUUCUAACGAAGUUUGUCAA